AUGGCGGUUUGUGUGAUGGUGAAGUUCGCGACUGAUAUCACCGUGGAGGAUAGAAAGCGUGAAUACAUGCCGGGUAACGGAGGCGUCUACGAAGUCGCGAGAUCCAUUGGUGUUUUCGCGUUAAGCGAUAACUUAACGCUUCCAAUCGCCGAUAGAUUCCCCUACGUUGCUGCUAUUGCAAGAAAUUCGUCCAAUUCUUGGUCCUUCGCUUGCUUCGGCAGCGUCAUUCUUAUCAAGUGGAUCGUGACAUCAGCUCACUGUAGGAAACCUGGUGCGACACACAGAGUCCUUCUCCUUCAUAAUUAUGUGAAUAAUUUUACGCACACAUAUCCUAUACUAUUUUGGAGGAUUAAUGAAAAAUAUAACGGAAGCAAUCCUUCGCCAAAGAAUGACAUAGCUAUUGCAAAAUUGAAUCUUAAUGCACAUUUUCCUUAUUCUAAAUCAUCUAAAUCAUCCGUUAUUGAUACUAAUGAAGUUAAAGAACUCGUAGCAACCAUUUGGAAAACUGUGUCAUCAAUGGGUAGAGAGGUAUAUUUGACGAAUAACUUUGACAAAUUUGACGUCAAAAUCACAAACCCCCAAAAAUGUUUCGAAAGCUACGGUGUCAAAAUGGACGAUAGUUUGAUCUGCGUAGACUUGUCAGACUACGAAGAUUGUUUCAUACAUGAAUUUGGACCGAUUUAUUCAGGUGAUAAGCUGGUUGGAAUACUUGCGAUGAAACCUAGAGAUUGUGACCUUAAAUUGGCUAUAUUUACGAACGUAUCAUAUUAUGCAUCAUGGAUUUUGAAAAUAACACACACUCCUUUAUAUGGUUAA